GGCGGGGCUUUCAGCCGACACAAAUGUUGGCCAGGUGAAUGGGCUCGGUUUGCUCAACACGCACUCAGGUGCGCAAACGAGGCGACUGGGUUUUGUCAUUGACACACCAUGGGAUGAGUUCAGCACUUGUUUUCUGUCCAGCUUCCUGUUCCCGUCAGUGUCUCUCGUCGGGUUGUAUUUAAAGAGGAUACAUGAGAAGAGCUGCCUUGUUGUCUGAAACGUAAAAUGUGCGGCAGGUGAGAGAGAUGCAACAUGGACAGGAAUGGAGCAAAAUGUGACUGCAGGAAGCCAAAGAGUCAGCGAUCACGUCACAAAGCAGCCUGCGUCGGGAACACGGAGGACAAACGGCCUGAGGAUCCGCUUCCUUCCUCUGUAUGCUGCUGCAGACUCCUCCACCCGGAGGAGCUGAGCCCCCGGUUGAGUGUGUGUGUGUGUGUGAAAGGGGACCCCGUCAGCUUCCAUGGCUCACUCGUCAGACCCGUCCCGCAGAGAGAGGACCCCCGGGACUCAAGGGUCACACACGGCUACACGCAACCUCCUACGGAAGAAGGAGCAGCGUCGGCGUGGAAUCCGAUCCUCGUCGCCCAUGGGUCGGGUCAUCCUCAUCAACUCUCCUGUGGAUGGCGGAGACGACAGUGAGGACCUCCACACGAUCACGGUGGAUAAAAGUGUGGACGGCAAGCUGGGCUUCAGCGUGCGGGGAGGCUCAGAACAUGGCCUCAGCAUCUUUGUCAGUAAGGUGGAGGACAACAGCACCGCGGAGGAAGCCGGCCUGCUUGUAGGCGAUAAGCUGGUGGAGGUGAACGGCAUCAGCCUGGAGAGCAUCACGAUGAGCAGCGCCGUGAAGGUCCUGACGGGCAACAACAGGCUGAGGAUGGUGGUCAGGCGUGUCGGCAAAGUCCCCGGCAUUCGCUACUCCAAGGAGAAGACUACCUGGGUGGACUUGAUACACAGGCGUAUGGUGGUGGAGGAGAGCGGACAGACACCUUCGGAGGCGAGCUCGGGAGGCGCCCUCCAAAGGAUCGUCCACCUUUACACCACGUCGGACGACUACUGCCUGGGCUUCAACAUCCGUGGUGGGAAGGAGUUCGGUCUGGGCAUCUACGUCUCCAAACUGGAUCCCGGUGGACUGGCUGAGCAGAACGGGAUAAAGAUGGGGGACCAGAUCCUGGCUGCCAACGGAGUGAGCUUUGAGGACAUCAGCCACAGCAGUGCUGUGGAGGUGCUGAAGAGCCACACACAUGUCAUGCUGACCAUCAAGGAAGCAGGACGAUAUCCCGCUUACAAGGAGAUGGUGGCAGAAUACAGGUGGCUCAAUAAGCUGGCCAAUGGUACACAGAAAUCCUCCUCCCAGGGUUCAGACUCCAACUCCUCAGCCUCCUCUCUGUCGUCUGGGACUCCGGUCAGCUCUCUGAGCGGCCUUUCGCAGGUCAUGUUCCCUCCCAGCCUGCCGUUUGGUUCAGACAUGGUGGAUGUUUGCAUCUCCACUGAGGACCAGAGGUCUGAGUCAGAGCGAACCGAGACCGCCAUCCAGACGGACCUUCCCUCUCACAGGACGGGUGCAGACACCACUCGCAGCCUGGGACCAACCACUCUGCUCAGAGACACCGUGAUCCGUGCAGAGGAGUCCGCAGGGAGGAAGGAGUCCCCCAAGACAGCCGUGCUGCUGGCCCUCAGCAGGCCGAGCCGGCCAAUCAGCAGGUCCCAGAGCCAAGUGACCGUGGCAGAAAUCAAGCAGCAGAAAGAGAAGAAGCAGAAGGGGAAGGACCCAGAGGAGAAGAGCACCCUGCAGCGUUCAAAGACCUUCGUCAACUUGUUAUUCAAGGGUGGACGCAAGAGGGACACCUCCAAGGGGCGCUCCAAGUCCCCGUCCACAGACAAAGCUGGGAAAGACGGACGGCGCGUCACCGCUACGCCAAAUUCAGAGAUGCUUGGAGUGGUGGAGGACAUGGCCUGCAGGCUGCUGACGGAGGAGGAGGUGGCUGCUGUGAUGAAGACGUGCCGAAGGUAUGUGGCCGAGCGCUCAGUGGAGAGCUUGAUACGCCACCUGCUGGUCGUGCUGGACAGACCUGAAAAGCUGCUGCUGCUGAGGGAAGUCAGGAUGCUGCUCCCUCCUUCUGACCUGAGUGAAUUCAACAACAUGGUGACCCCCAUCGAAGGCGAGGCCUACGAUAUCCUCAAGUAUCGUUCAAUCCGAAGUCCUCCUCUUCGCUCUCCAACUUCUGGUCGAGCCCCCAAGCGCCGCCUCAUCACUCCGAUCCCGGAUUACAGAGGAGGCUUUGAGCUCCACAAUGCUGAGGAGGUGGAGAAGGAGAGCCACCUACUGGAAGAGCUGGAGAAGCUCAGCCUGUCUGGGCCCAGGGGUUCCAAGGAGAUACCCCACAUCUCGAGGUCCUUCACCCCGCUGCUGGACAUACCACUGGACGGACAUAACGCAGGGUCCAGAGAACUCAGACCCCCGUCUGCCAGCGCCGUGCUCCCCAACUGGCUGCUGGCUCGCAGCGAUGACUCCCGCCCUCCUCUGCGGACGGACAUCGGCACGAUUCGCUCCGUCCACUUCGACGAAGUUUCACUGCACUCGACUUCAGAAAGGGGAAGGUCCACGUUCAGAAACGGCCACCCCAGGAGCCAAAAGGAACAAAGCGGAGACAGGAGUAAAGACGGCGUGUUCACGCUGCAGAGUGUCGCUCGCAAGAGUCGGCCGUUGUUGUCGCAGGUGUUUGGUUCAAGUCCAGAUCAACAAGUGGGAAGCGACAAGAUGAAUGGACAUCAGGAGUCUUCAGAGAACGGACUCGGUGGCUCUGAGUCCCAACAGGAGUACGCGCUCAAAACUGUCAGCAUCUCCAAGACCAAACAGUCACUGGGCAUCAGUAUAUCCGGUGGGAUGGAGUCGAGGGUUCAGCCGGUGGUGAAGAUCGAGAAGAUCUUUCCUGGAGGAGCUGCUUCCACCUGUGAAGUGCUCAAGGCUGGAUUUGAGUUGGUGUCUGUGGACGGAGUCUCCCUGCGAGGAGUUACCCAUCAGCAUGCUGUGGACGCCAUCCGAAAAGCCUUCAGCAAUAAGGCCAAAGACCCCAUGGUGUUUGUGGUCAAAGUCCCCAAAAACCUUUGAGAGGAGACUUGAGACACAUGAAUUCAGAACAAUGUCCUGUGAUCACCAGCAUAUGGGACCAACACAGAGACAGAGACAGGAAAACUCGAACACACCGAUGUGCUCUGAGGUCAGGUAUGUAACUGCCAUUCAUGUUAAACUUUGUCAAAGUCAGGAACGAUGACACGAGCAACUCGCUGAAAAACAAGUGACCAGACGAAGGCAGCGAGUCGCAGGUCUUCAGAUUAAACACAUAAACAAAUCCUCAAACACAGAUGCAGCAAAAUGAGCUUUGUUGUCAAAGCCUGGAACAACGGUACUCCUGAUGCCUUGCUAUCUUACUUGUCACAGCCCGUCCAGAAAAUUAUUUUUACAUUUUAUUUUAACAUCCAGGUUUCCAUAAAUCAUAGAUCAACAGUGUGUCUCUACUUCUGAUGACAAACGGUAACCCGAGUGCCUUUAAAAGCCCCAUGUUAAGCCUGUGUUGUUAAGUUGGCUUGCAAUCUACACGUUAACCUGCAGGGGGCAGACACGAGCUGUUCAGACGCAUUUCUGCUCCUGGCAGCAGCAGAAUGAAACCUUAAACAAACCUUAAAAUGUGGCCCAAAAUGUGAACGAAAUGAGUACUGCAGGAAAAAUAAACCAGGCUGCCAUUGUAGAGAACUGCAAUCCAGAUAAAACUGUUAUUUUCCUGUGAAAUAAAAUAUAUAUAUAUAAAAAA